AUGGGCGCCGCCAAGGAACGCGAAACCUGGACCAACACUCUCGACUUUGUGCUAGCAUUAAUAGGAUUUUCUGUAGGACUUGGUAAUAUCUGGCGAUUCCCUUAUCUUUGUUAUAAGAAUGGUGGAGGUAAGUGUAUGUGAAUAUCACGUAGGUGUGGACGGCUUAACCUGAAAAUAUGGGGCCACGUUAAACCAGCAACCUCGCAAACCGGCUUGUUUCAGACGGUUGGGUCUUCUUUGAAGCUUAAAGUAACGACCAGUAACUAUGUAGACUUAAAUGCUUCAUUGCAAAGCCAAACGAGCCUCGAGAAAGUCACUGUUAAGACAAACAAGCGAGACUUGUAGCGUAACUAUAUAUUUCUCGUCUCCAAGAAAAACCCACGUCUUGAGAAUGUACCCGUUACCAGAUUUAAGGUCUUUAAACAUAGGAUGGGAAACGACUGUAAGGCUUUUCUCUCAACUGAGAAUAACUUACAGCGAGGGAAAGGGUUUGUACGGUUUCUGCAGGCUACGCUGAGCUUUUGAAUAUCUAAUGGAGAGUAUUAAUUAUUUCAUUGUUUAUUGGAGGCCUUGUUGCUUACUGGAUGCCGGUAGAGUUUCUUCCCUAACAGGGUCCACAACUCCCUCCGGCGUGCAGUUGUUUACGCUCGUAGCAGUAAUAAAACGGAUAUAACAAGAACAAAAAGCACCUUUGUUCGCAUUGCGUUUGUAAUAUUUUUGUCCAUCACCUUGUACGUUGUUUCCGUUUAUUGUAAAUUGUACCGGCUAAAAUUAAAUUGACUAUUUCAAAAGUGGCGUUUAACGGUGGUUAUACGGGGUAACGUUUCAUUCAAUUCAGUAGUUGAUCGAGGGUAAGCUUAAUUAAGAAAAUUACUCCAGCAUGAAGUCCCGCGUUUUAGAAUUUGCAUAUCUGCACUAUCAGUUUGUUUUGAAAACUGAAUAAUAUUAAUAAUGUUUAGGUUUUCAAUAGGUCAUCUAUUAAAACGCGAUUUGCAACAGGUGAAUGAACCCUUUAAUAAAUCAUUUGUCAGAAGUUUCCUGAAAAAUUACUUUAACGGUUAUAGACAAUACUAUUCGUAUGCUCACUGGUUGAGUUAAUGUAUACCGGUAUACCGCGAUUCGCAUGUAUGUCAUCAAUAUCAAGCAGGAAAGGGUUGUUUACAUUUUGCUAACACUUAACAUUUCAAGGGCUUUUUUUCUCUCUUUUUUUUUAACCCUUGCACAGCGGAAACAUGUUUUCUUUGCUUCUUCGUUACUCUCUAACUGUAUGAGAAGCAGGAUUCUUUCAAAUUAUUUAAACCAGAUUUUUAUCAAGUUUUUUUUUUCAAAGGUAGCCCGAAUGUAAAUUUUCAAUUUCUUAAUCUUUUAUUUCUAUAUUUAAAUUUCUAUUUUUGUGGCUUGAUCUAAUGCUAAUAAGGCAUAAAUUGGAAACCAAUUUAGCUCUCCCUUCUGUGGCCCAGUCUUUCUGGUUUCUCCUUUUGACAUCUCAAGUUCGAGGUUUUUCCUGCCGCGAGUAAGAAGUAAACCAACAGUUUCUCAAGCUGGACUAAACAGGGUCUUCCAAAAAUGGUAAUUAGCACAAAUUUUGACUAUUAGGGUUUUUAAAUAGGUUCUUAUUUUUUUUGGAAAAAGUAGUGCCAUUCAGCCUACUCCUCACAAAAACUUUGCUUACCAGUAAAAAGGACCAUAAUAAGGAAAAUUUGCCUCCUUCAGAAAACCCAUUUUAGUUAGAUUUUAGGAAAUAAGAACCUGUUUCAAACUUUAGGCUAAACGUGUUUUUGUAUAGAGGGGGUCUAAAUGGUAAAUUUUAGUCUAACCGGCUCUUAAGAACUACCUUCUUACUUGCGGGGUAUCUCUUAAAAUGUUAUUAUUUAAGACUGAGAGAAAAACGCUAGGUACAAAGAGCGACACAAUGUGGUCAUUAAGGUAACUUCUAGUAUUGUGCGGUGAACAUUUGUCCAUUCAAGUUGAUUGAUGUCAUUGAUGAUUACAGUUCAACUUUACAUGGGAAAAAAUAUUAGUAAUAAGAAAACUAAGCUUUCAGAUACUUUUAUCCACACGGUGUCUCAAGGCGCUCACCGUUAGUCAGAAGGAACCGUUCAGACCAGUUCUGUAGUAAGGACAAUAGGCUCUUUGCAUGACUUGAUCACGUGACCAACUUUUGGUAAACACGAAAACAGUUUACUUUUGAAAAAUUUUGUUAGCACAAGCUGAAAGAGCAUAUUAAAAUUAACUAACUUGAGCAUUUUCAGCCGUGUAUCUCAAAAGUAGCGAUUGUAACGGCCGCCAAAAGUUAGAAGCAUUUGUAUAAGAAAAAACUUUUGCUACCCAGUCACGUUUGCAUGGUUUUCCAUACAACUCCUUGUAAAUUCUAAAGCUUUUAAACUGUCGUUAAAUCUUUCCAAUACGAAUUUAAGCGAUCAAAUUGCGUUUUUGAAUUAAAAGGAGAUUUGAGCCCUGUAAUGCUUAAGGAAAUAUUUCAUUACAGUUUUAAGGAUUUGUAUGGAAAACCAUGCAAGCGUGACUGGAUGGCAAAAGUUGUUUUUCUCAUACAAAUACUCCCAACUUUCGGCGGCCGUUGCAAUCGCUACUUUUGAGAUAUACGGCUGAAAAUUUAGUCAGGUUACCUAAUUUCAAUGUGCUCUUUCAGCUUGUGCUGACAAAUUUUUUCAAAAGUGAACUGUUUUCGUGUUUACCGAAAGUUGAUUACGUGAUCAAGUCAUGCCAAGAGCCUAUUUUACUACUAAUCAAAACUGUCCAGCUAAAUCGGUUUAUUUAAUGGUGUACGCUCUUGUGAUGGAUUUUAGCAAACUUUCUUCAAAAAGCCCAUUUCAUUUUCAAAGGGACUGGUGGCGUCAGUCUGUUCUGUCUCUCCGUCAGCGCCUUCAGCAUUCAUUAUACGUACCCUGCAUGAAUAGUGCUGCACUGAAUACACAUUGUGAAGAGGACUAUAUAGUAGUAAUUUAAAUUAAUUUUGUUCAAGACCCGAUUAUUUGCGGGAGAGUUUUACGUUUAAUUUGUUUAAAAUUUCUUACAACCAACACGAAGUCUUAAUUGCGGCUCGAGUGUAUCUAUAUAUUUGGUGGCCCUACAAAAGAUCGUUAUCAUUACCUGGGGCAAAGCCGCCCAAACACUUGCAAUUUACAUUUGCUUACAAAAUAUCACGCUCGUUCUCUGCCUUUUUGUUUGUCAAUCAGGGAGUCGUUGAUAUUCAAGAAAGACCUUUUUGUCAUUAAAUCAAUUUUGUAAUUGUGAAGAAGAUCUUCUGCCAACUGGGCUAAAAAGCUACUGACGCUUGUCUUUUAACAUGUGUCGAUGACAGCAAUGAAAUCCAUAAAUUUAUAAUGAAGAUGCUUUUAAAAAGGCUUUAGACAGUAAACAUCCAUGGUCGACGGGGCUUGACGAAAACAGAGGGAUAUACCCCUGUAGAUGGAAGAUGAAAAGUAGAGUAAGAAACGAGGGAGUUUUGGUUUUUCUCACUUUCUCGGAGUGCCUCCUAACCCUUUUGUUUUUGUUUUUUUCCAAGGUUGUUUUCUCAUCCCGUAUUUUAUUUGUCUAAUUUUUGCUGGAGUGCCCAUCCUUAUCUUGGAAGUGGCGCUGGGACAGUUAACUAGUCAAGGAGGAAUAACAGCGUGGCUGAUAUGUCCGCUUUUCCAAGGUUUGUAUACAGUUGUCUGAUUAAAGUAUUAGUAGAACUUACAGCCAUUGAAACAGGGUUCACCAUUUUUUUAUUAAAAUAGAUUUCGCGAUUUUAGUCGAAAAAGUCAGUACAUCGUACCAUGUUGAAAACCGUCUUAAAAUCUGGCUUGCAGCUAACCUCUUAGCUGCUAUGUUAGCUGCUAUGUUGGUCGUCAUGACCAAAAAGCGUUGCCUAAAAGGAGACUGAACUCUUGUUUAGUGCAAAUUCUGAGGCAAAAAAAAUUGGAAUGUUUGUUAAUCAUAAUGAUCGCCUUGCCAAGUAGUUCCCAGACAAGAGUGGGUUAUUCAAAAUGCUGAACAUUGCUAAACAUAUUUGAUAGACAGUACAGAGGUGAAACAAGCUCUAACAAGAUGGAACUUCAAGAGAUGCAGCAUUUGUUGAUCAACAAUUAUUAAACCGUAUUAAGGUCAUUGCCAUUAUUACAGCAACGGUGAAACAAAAUGGUACUAACCAGUAGGAUAGAUUUGCUAAACUAUGCCUGUGCAAGUGUUUUUCACAUUUUUGUAAAUUUCUCCAGCGUUCUCUUCAGGACAAGAAUGUCAAAUGAUUUAAUUCAAGUAGAGAACGUUAACACAUGAUGCUUAAACGUUGUCAAUGACAUCUUUAACGAAAUAUCAAACAUAUUCCAGCAAUUUAAAAAUAGAUUUGAAGAGUGAUAAAUUAAUGCUCAUCGGAUAACUUUUUUCGUAGAGUUUUCUGAGCUGUUGCCCUUAUGUGUUACCCUAUUUUACUUAAAGAGCGCCGCAUUUGCACGUGACGCUGUUUAAAUCUUGUUGGGUAUUAAGGAUUGAGACGACGACGGCAGUGAAAAAGACCACCCUCUCCCCCCAAAAAACAAGAAAGGCUUCGCUUUUUUUAAAACUUAAUCGCGGUUCUUUAGCGUCGUUCAAUUUUUCGAAUUUAGGGGAAUUUUCUGAAGUUGAAUUCUUGAGGAUUGUAUCCAAGUUGAAACAGAGAAAGGAGAAUUUGUCGUCGUGUGUUCACGUUUUACGUCGAAGUAGAGUAGUGGAAGUUGGUAAAAUAAUGUACCAAAAAGCGUGAUGCACUAUCAGAGUUAGUUUUCGUGGUAACACAGUAAUAUGAAAACGUUUUUUUGGCGGGGGGGGAGGGGGGGGGGAGGCUUGUUUUGUCCAAAACAAAUGAAAAUAGUGUCGAGAGAACGUAAUCGAAUUAGUUUAAAAGCUCCACAUGACACCAGGCGGCGCGGGUCUGGUUAGAUGAAACGUCUGAUUCAAGUUGAGAAUUUCGCAAAAUUGAAAAUAAGCAGGUUAAGGCUGCCCUGAACGAUCCUUAUUGACCAAAAAACGAGAAGCAGUCGGACAAUUAAAAGGGAAACUUGUCACGUGUUAACAGUUAACGCUUGCCGCAAAGGAGACACGCAGUUGCUCUAUUAACGGAUAAGAAGAAUAAGACUGUUGCAUCUCCUAACUAGUUUUUUAAGUUUUCAUUAGUUAGGGAUAGUUAGGGAUCCUUGAGACCCCCCGUUCCAAAACGUUGGGGUCCUGUUUGCUUUUCUGGGGUCCCCUGCUUAUUACUAAAAUAUAAUUUUAACUUGUUCAACAGAGAAGUAAAAACCAAGACCGGGCAGUAACACAAUAAUAUUAUUAACAAUACUUUUUUUUUGGAAUAAAGUGUGCCCCUCGUGUUUCCUAAUACCAAUAACAGAGAUCUUACAUUAGUUUACUAGAGUCUCAAGUAGACCUUAUUAAUAUAGUUAUAUAUUAUUACAUAUAGUUAUUAAUAUAGUGAUUCGAAAACCAUUUACAAUAAGUCACAGUCAAGUGUCAUUCUUCAGAUCUGAGCUACCAUUGGCAAUCUGUAAAUUAAAAAUUAACGCCACAGAAAAACAAUAAGGAAAAAAAAUUCGUGAGUGGACGACCUGUCUCUUAAAUAAUAAAAAUCAAUAGACUUAAGACAAAUUCCCCAUGACAAAAGCCUUCCUUACAUGAGCCUUCAACUGCCGUGCUUUCCUUCUCUUAAAUAUGGUGCACAACAGUCUCGUGAGAUCUUCUUUGUUUGAUGAAACUCAUAGCCACAGUGUGAUCAUUACCACAUUGAUGUCGUGUUAAACUUGAGCGCUGGAAAUUAUUUACUCCAUGCACAAAAUUUUGUGAAGGUUUAGGUUUACAGCCAUACGCAUCGAGACAAAUUUUGGGUUUACCUCGGUGUAAGAACUUGUGAACUUUUUCAUUGUUUUGUACCUUUUGUUUUUCUUGGUUUUAUUGUGUUGACUUCUCUGUUUUAUUUAUUUUACGUCACCGGUGAGUUAAACAGGUUCUUACACCGAGGAUGAGCCCAAACUUUGCACUUCAUUUGUUUUUCAGUGGAAUCAAAUUUUAACAAUUAAAACUCUUCAAGCCAUUUAGGACAAAAUUUGCGUUUCGUCACCUGGGUAUCAUCCCCCUGAUCUUUAUUUCAUUAACUUUUCCUCAAUGUUGAAGGCUAAACAAUAUAGAAUUAACUUUUGUAUAGACAUGACCCGACGAGUGACAAAAUGGCGGCUCGAAAGACAUGCCAUGAUGAUCGCAAAGAUUUUUUGGGUAUGCCACUAUGACAAAAAAAACUAUGCGUCCUUUACAUUUUUUGUUGCGUAUAUGAUGCACACCUCUGCGUUAAUGGGAACUCUGAUUGGGAUCACAAAUACUAAAACUUGUUUUUGUUUGGACGAAUUCAGCGCAUCAGCUUAUAUGCAUUUUCAAAUUACAGCGGACUCAUUAUAGAGUGUUUUCACUCACCUGGUCAGCAUCUAUGCAAAUUUAUUGGAACAAAAGAAAUGGUUUGCAUAAGAAAAGAGUUUAACUCCCACAGGACUGGUUUGGGACACCAACAUGGCCGCCGUUUCAUUGUUUUGGACACCAAUAUGGCCGCUGUGACGUCAUGUGAAAACACUCUAUACAUAGUUUUUUUUAUACAAAGGUUUGUUUUUUCUUUUUCAUUCCUUAGGCAUUGGUUGUGCUAGUGUAAUUAUAGUCCAGUUUUUGAACAUUUACUACAUUGUUAUUCUGGGCUGGGCUCUGUUUUACAUGUUUGCGUCUUUCACUUCUGUUCUUCCCUGGUCAACGUGUGGAAAUGAGUGGAACACCGCAAACUGCGUUGAAUUCACUACAGCGACCAAUAGCACUGGAGAGAGUGUGAACAGAACCAUAGCAAACAGCACAGGUGUAAACGCAACCUUGGGGAAUGCCACUGUUUUACCAACGAUCAUGGCAAACAUGUCCAACGUCUCAACAACGCCAACUGCUUUAGCCAAAGCUGCAAAGGUUUCUGCAAGUGUGGAAUAUUGGGAGUAAGUUAUCUCAUUCUCGUACGUACUCGUAAAGCUAAACUUUGGAACCAACAAUAAUCGUACAAAGAAAACAUCUACUGCAUUCUUUACUUGCUUCGUUUGUAGUUUCAUACAUGUUUUAUUGUAUGGAUUUAUAUUGAGAACCUACAUGUAGGGUUAACUGAAUGACUGAGUGGGUGGAAGGCGUAAGGAGCAGUAACUAGGGCGCCGUUAACGAAGAUUGGAAAAAUUACACGCACAGCUGUAUUAGCUAAGAUUAAAAUUUGUCAUUAUCCGGGUGGCAAUGUCAUCGGAUUUUUCAUAGCAACGAAAUGACACCAUUACCUAUUUUACUUGCAGAUGUUUUUCUCGGCACUAGGGACUUUUUUUCCAAAAUAGUUUAGGGGGAGCAUUUUUUCCCAUAUAGCUGCCUGGAUGUUCGCGAUGUUUGAGCGAAAUCUAUGCAUUUGAAAAACGCAGACAUGUCAGGUAUUGUUUUCCAUGAAAAUAAGAAACUUGGAGACAAUACACCGGAAUAAUGAGAGGCUUAUUCUUGUAAACACGAAACUUCUGACGAAUUGUAGCCCUUAUUUUAUUGUUUGAUAAGUUAUCAAUAAUCUUGACACUCAAAGGUCGUUUAAAACAGUGGUUGAUCUUGAGAAUCUCAAAUUGAAAAAAAAAAUUCUAGCGGUUCCAAAAUUAUUCGCUCAUUUGUUAAAGUUGACCAAAACAUUUACAAAAAAACACCAAAAAUAGCACCUCAUGGUAUAAUAAUCAUAUCUUUUUUUCUUGCGAGCGGCUAUUGCUAUCCCCAUGAUCUUUUCAACCACGUUUUAGAAAUUAAUAAAACUACUGUGAGGUAAAAUUGCAUUUCAAAAGCGCUUCGUUUUCUAAACAUAACGACCGAACAUCAAGAAAGUCCAGUUUAUUGCUUAAUUUCUAGUAAGUAGUGGCGUUAUUUCGUUGGCAUGUCAACUCCAAUGUUAUUGUAACGCUGACAUAAAUUUUAAUGUUUCUAAUACAGUUGUGGUAUUGAUUUUUCCAGGUCUUUGUUAAUGGUGACGUAGAUAAUUCACAAACAAGGGAGAUAUUGACCCUUUAUUAAAAACCUCCUUCGAGCUACCUUAAUAGUACACAUGGCUGGAGAUAUAGGCACUACACAAAACGAUUAGUGAGACAAGUCUUAGAUGUAUGUGCUCGAACUAUUUUGUACUCCUAUUCGAUUUAAAAUUUUCCCGCUAAGUGUGACAAAAACCUUGUACUAAAAAUCAUUUGCUGCGUUAUCUGGAUUUCAGGCUCAGAGUAUUAAAGAUUGGUAACGCUCUGGACGAACCAGGAACUGUGAAUUGGGACCUGGCUUUGUGUCUGCUGUUGGCUUGGAUUAUUUGUUACCUCUGCGUUUUCAAAGGGGUAAAGUCUACGGGCAAGGUGAGGGAUUUUGGCAAAGGUGAUAUACUGUUUAGGGUAUAUAGCUCUGCAUCCAUUACGAGCUUCUUUAAAGAGUUUUUUGGCUAUAAAAUAACACUAAAUGCCUUUUCUUGUAGGACCCAUAUUUCUUUAAAUUCACAGAAAAACAUCAAGUGAUUUCUUGAAGGGGAACAAAAUAACCAGUUGUUUGCAGUUUUUUACAAUAAACUGAGCGAGUCCUCGCGCGCUGAUUGGUCGAGAGCUAUGGUCUAUGAGAGUUUAUAAAAUAACUAAGAUAGUACGCGCGUUCUGAUUGGUUAAAAACCUAUGGUUUAUUGUGCCAGUAAACUCAUAGAAAACUUAAAGUUAUUUUAUAUUGGGCUCGUGAUUUACAAGGUUUUCUCGUGUUCUCCCAACAUCCCGCGUGGGUUAUCUUGCCGGUAAACCUAUAGUAAGUGUGGUCUAUUGCUUGAAUAGACCAUAAAAAUGACGUAACAUGUCACGCAGCGCCGGUUGUUUUCGUAAAAAAAAAAUUGUUACUGAAAACAACAAAUCGACCACAAUUUUCCAUGGUCCAUACCAUAGACCAUAGAAAUGACGCGAUGAAAUGCUCAAAACUUUGCAGUGAAACCAUUCGCCUGCGGCUCGUGGUUCCACGUGAGCUUUGAACAUCUUAUGAAGUCAUUUUUAUGGUCUGUAAGAGUGUAGACCAAGGAAAAUUGUGGUCCAUUUGUUAAAUAUAUGUUCUGAGGCCUGUAAACUAGUAAUCAUUUGACCAAUGCACAUAUUUGCCAUUGGUUCCAUUUUCUAACAUCAUGUCUCGGUCUGUUACAGGUUGUAUAUUUCACUGCAACCUUUCCAUAUAUCCUGCUGACAAUUCUUCUAAUACGAGCCGUCACCCUCCCUGGUGCCUCUGAAGGUAUCAAGUUUUAUCUUACUCCAAAUGUGACCCGACUUAAGGAUGGCCAGGUGAGAACACACAAAUAAAAGCUUAAGUCCACAGGAACUUAUCUGCCAGUACCGUAAGCAUGCACACACGGUUUCACAUAAGUUGCUUUGUUCACGCAUAUUUGAAUCGUCUGUAAAGAACGAGAUCCGAAAGCCCUUAAGCGAGUGAUAAACCAAUCCCUUAAGCAUUAAUUCAACACAACAGAGUUUUUGAGGGAGAUUGGUGCACGUGAAUGCUGCCUUUGUUUAUGGUAGUGAUAUUUUAGAGUCAAGUUAACCGCAAACGUCAGAUGCAAAGUUGAGAAUUUCUCAAAAUAGAAAAUAACCAGAUAAAAAAGGUCCAGAACAAUUCUUCUGGAUAAACAUAAAGAGAAACUAGGUUUCUUUGUGUAGAGGUAAUUUACAGUAAUAAACUACAAUUUACGGGGAAAAGUGGUCACGUGGUACAAAAUCACGUUUGACGUAAUCGUGACUCUAAUUUUCUCUAGUAUAGCUGUGCGCAUACGAAAGGAACAUACUUUUUGACGGAAGCUGAUUUUUAUUUAUUUUUUUAAUUGCACAGGUGUGGUUAGACGCUGGAACGCAAGUGUUUUUCUCGUAUUCUAUUGGCCUUGGAACACUUAUUGCGCUUGGAAGUUAUAACAAAUUCAAUCACAAUUGCUACCGGUAAGAAAGGACACUUCAAGAUCAUCAUCGGUACCAGCAGAUUAGGCUUCUAUCUCUCUAUGCUUUAAGGCUCUGUUUCGCCAGUGACAACAUGACUGCAGUAAUCAUUUAGAACUUGCACUGGAACUUGCCAUAGAACCCUUAGACGUGCUCUCUCUUAUUGCAGUCGAAAUACUAGCCUGCGUAGCUGGCAGUUAUUUUAUGGUGUUUAUGUGCCGCCUGGUUGGCUCAGUUGGGAGAGCGCCGGUCUGUUGAGCGGGAGGUCACGGAUUUGAACCCCCGCCGGACCAACACUUGGGGUUUUUAGAUAUAUGAGAAGAAAGUGCUGCCUUUGUAAUGACAUCUGUAAAUGGUUAGACUUUCUAGUCUUCUCGGAUAAGGACGAUAAACCGUAGGUCCCGCCUCACAGCACUUACAUUCAUCUGGUUCUUGUGGGACGUAAAAGAACCCACACCACUGUUCGAAAAGAGUGGCAGACGUAGACCCCGGUGUUGUGGUCAACCUUUACACAUCACAUCAUUCACAUCAUGGGUUGGGUGGGUACAGUAAGCUCAUAAAUGGACUGAAAGCGGCUGCCAGUGGUGCCUUUGUAUGCUGACGUCAGAGCUUAGUACCUUUGCACUUUCUUGUGCCCUUCUAACGUAUUUUUCGUUCUGGUUCAGGGAUAGCAUAAUAUUCGCCUGUGUAAACAGUGGCACGAGUUUCUAUGGUGGGUUUGUAAUUUUCUCCGUGCUGGGCUUUAUGGCGCAAAAGCAAGGCGUAAAAGUAGAGGAUGUCGCCAAAGGAGGUAAGAAUGAACACGGAGACUACCCAAGAAUCAAUGGGAUAUCGCCCUAAUUAUACGGAAAUCUUAACGCAUAAUAACUUCUAGGAAAAAGUUCUUGGACUAUUUAUACCAGUUGUUUUGUAUCCAUGCAUUUUAGCACUUUGCUUUUUUGAAUUCACCAAGGCAAGAGAGGAUAAAGCUCUUGACCAAGGUCAUUGUAAAAAGGUCUCUGUACAUUAUAAUUUUGUUUCCCCACUAAAAUGCUCCACCUUAGUGCUCCAUUUUUCCCACGAAAAAGAUUGGCCCCCCCUCCUCAAAAAAAAAUUUCACUAAUGCUCGAUAGUGCUCAUCAUCAAUUUUAUUAGUGCUGAACGUUUUAAUGGGGUAAGGCUAAGCAAAAAUGUAUAAUUGGUAUGACAACAAUAUAUACAGGUAAAAUAGUUUUAAUACAGCAAAAAUAUGUUCAUCUACACGGCUAUAUUAAGGUGAAAUUUGAAUCCUUCCUUAGAAUUUGGAGUUUAAGUCGUUUCUCUUACAAUUUUUAUUUUUGGUGAGAAAAAAUAAUAAUUUUCCGCAAAAAUGCCGCUAAAAUGCUUGAAUAAUGCUUGAUGCUUUUGCCUCACUAAAAUGCUAAAAAAAAUGCUAGCAUAAUGUACACAGGCCUAAUUAUAAAAAAGUGUAAUCUUGUUCCAUGUUUUAAGGUGGCUCGAUGGGGUUUUUCAGGGUCAAUACCUUCCAAGUUUGAGCAUAGACUACGUCUCCAUUAAUUAAGAUUUGGAAAAAUUACCACCGCAACUGUCUUAGAUAAAGAUGAAAUUUGUUUUGAUCAGGGUUACAAUAACAUCGGAGUUGUCAUAGCGACGACAUGACGCCAUGACUUAUUUUACUUUUAUUUUACUCUUAUUAUUCAGGGGUAUUGUCUCCAAGUUUCAUUCUUGAGUGAACAGCAUUAACUAACAAUGAAUUUGAAAUAUGCAGAAAUGUUAGUUAUUGUUGUCCACGAAAAGAUGAAACUUGGAGAUAAAGGUCGGUACACUCUAGGCGACAAGUUGCUGCAACACGUCGCGGCGACAGAUCACUCCAUGUGUACAGGUCGGGCGACUAAAGGCAGCAACAAGGUGAGGCGACACGUCGCAGCGACAAAUCGCUUCGUGUGUACCGGAGAAUUUUUGUGAAAAUCUUUGUCUCCGCAACAGAAUUUUGUCGCUGCAACAAGUCGCAAAAAAUCAAAUCAGGCUGAAUCUGUGCGACUUUUUGCGGCGACAAAUUCUGUUGCAGCGAAAAAGAUUUUCACAAAAAUUCUCCAGUACACAGGAAGCGAUUUGUCGCUGCAACGUGUCGCCGCGACAUGUUGCUGCAACUUGUCGCCUAGUGUGUACCGACCUUAACACCUGAAUAAUGAGACUCUCAGUGUAAAGAAAUUUCCGACAAAAAAAUUACCGAAUUGCAGACUUUAUUUUACUGCGUUACAAUUUAUCAGUAAUCUUGAAACUCAAAGGUCUUAUAAAACGACGGUUAAUCUCAAGAAUCUGAAUUUUUCAUAAAAAAAUCGAUCGAGCAGUUUCAAAAUUAUUUGCUUAUUUUUUUUCAGUCGACCAAAAUGUUUACAAAGCCACUACCGUAUUUAUUUCCAUAAAAUCUUCAUCCCAAAAUGUCGCGAUAACGCGUUGAUAGAUUUCGCCUAAACUUCACGAACUUCGGGGUUGGUAUUGGAGGAAAAAGUUCCCUUUGGAAGAAGAUUUCCCAAUGCCAAAAAAUAUGGCUGCAAGUAAAAUAAGUAAUGACACUAUUUCGUUGCCAUAUCAACUCCGAUGUCAUUGUUAACCUGAUCAAAACAAAUUUUAUCCAGACACCUUAAGGAGGUCUUGAUAAAUGUAUGUAUCACUAUUAAUAAAUUCACUUCCGAUACUCGGAUACCGUUAUGAGAGAAGAAGUACUAUUUUAAUGGGGAAGAGGUUUGUAGGUUGAUGAUUAGAUUAGAUGCAUGUUGCAGAUUUUUUUAGACGGGGAAAAUUACAUCGGGACCCUCGGAUAACUCGGUCACGCUGCCUCCUUUCACUUCGACAAGGUGACUGCUUCCAUAAGCCAUUUGCACUUUGGCGUCAUUUUAGAACCUGAGAUCAGGCCCAAUUUUAGCCGUUCUCGUACAUUCUCUCUUACGGUCUCCCGGUAAAAUUGGGCCUGAUACAAAGCCUCACAGGCUUGUGUUCACUGCAGCCAGAUUCUGGCCUCAACGCUGAUUGGCUGUUAGAACAAUGCCAUAGGACCUUUAUUCAAUAUUUAUUUCCGGUAUGUUCCAGGUCCAGGACUUGCUUUUGUCGCCUAUCCAGAAGCAGUUGCUCAGAUGCCGUUGGCUCCUCUCUGGUCGGUUCUAUUCUUCUUUAUGGUCUUCCUGUUAGGGCUUGACAGCGAGGUAUUGAACAUUUCCAAACCAUGUAGUAUAAUAUUUUUUUUGUGUGGAAAGAUUAUUGGCUGCGAGGUUCACUCAAUACCAUUAAGCAAUUAAAAAAUAGUCCAUUAAAGCCGAAGCAAGGAAAAUAGUGAUUGUUAAUGAAGUCGAUUAUUUGUAUAUCAUUAAAUAAUUUUUGCUUCUUUGUCUGCUUUUAUUUAUAAUAAAGAGCCAAUAUAAUAUUAUUAUUAUUGUUUUUUUUUUCAUUCGUUCCUUUUUUUAUGGCCUUCGCGUUUAGGCGACAAAACAGACGUUGGCUUUCAGUGAGUUCGCGCCUCCGUCAGCCAUGUAGCGGCUCCAACGGUUAUUUUUAAUGGGGCAAAGAAAUUGAUUUGUUGGGAAAUUUAAGUUUUUGUUUUCUGGUUUUGUCAACUAAGAAUAACAUGUCCAUAAAAAAAUUGUCUUAUAUAGUUGGAUUGCCUUACACGUACACCUGUGCAUUCCCCAACCAAUACGUCAGAAAACGGCUUUUUAUAAGUUAGGUAUCAGUCAGACGCAUCUCAUACUUGCUUCCAAAAAUUACUUUAUAUUUUCUGAUUCAAGUUCGUAGGCAUUGAGGGUUUCGUGACCGCAAUUGUGGACCUGUUUCCUAAGCAGUUAAGGCGUGGUUAUCGUAAAGAAAUCUUCAUUGCCUGUGUAUGCAUGGUUUGGUACCUUAUUGGAUUAUCCAUGGUGACAAAGGUAUGUUUUCCUUUAUACAGUCGAACCUCUAUGACUUCUCGUAAGUGACCACCUUCCAUAAGCGACGGCCAAUCUAAUGUAAAUUAAAGUCAAUAUUAACCGUAGAUUUGCUUUAAAUCCUUAAAGAGAGACAAAACAGUUCGUUUCCUAUCACAGGUAACUUCCUUCACGAGAUCUUCCCACGCCAACUGAUUUGGCUCCGCCAAUCACGUGCAUAGUAGAUACUCAUAAUUUGACGAGAAAAGUGGCGCACUGUUUUUCGUUGGAAUACGUCAUCCAUUACCCCUUUUCCCCACAAUUAUUCUGGCGUAGGGUUAUAUUUUAUGGGUUUAGAAAAUUAAGCUUUGGUAAUUUUUGUCUGUAACUAGUAUAAAGAAUCCAAUAUUACAUUGUAACAGGAAUUGCAUUGAACCAUGGCUGUUUAUAAUUAGUAACUUUUUCUCAAUUUGACUGCGUUGAAAUCUAAUUUUCUUAGUGAGUGGUUGGAUGAUUUAAAUGUAAUGUUUAAUAAAUCUUCUCGCACAUUGAGUUUAGGUUGCGUGUUGCUGGCGUCGAAUGACCUUUAUGUACAUAGGGACUAAAGGCAUGAUCACAGGCUAGGCGUCGAACGCACUUAAAAACUUUGAAAUUUGGUCCAUGGUUAUAAAAUGAGAUAAGUGACCGAUUGUAAGGUGCAAGCAAGUAACAAGUCAAUGUUGUUGACCAGAACCAUUCAUGCACAGAAAAACAUUCCCCCACCAGGGAACUAAAUUUGAGUCCUGCUUCUACCUGUUACAAAGAAACUGAAAGCCACCACCAAGCCCCAAUAGGCCAUUUGCCCUAAGAGGCAUGUGACACCGUUUUUAUGAAAAUGAAAGUUGUAUGAUUUUGCCUUCGGAAAUGGUCACGUGACCAAAAUGUGACUUUUAAAAUUAUGAAUUACCUCUCUCUGAACCCAAAUUUUGCACUUAAACUUCAAGGAAAAUGUUGAAAAGAUGAUGUGAUAAUGUUUACAGCACAUUUGAGCGUAACUAUGAAACGUUGAACAAGAUAGAAGCAAGAAGUAGUCUUGGCCGCCAUGUUGGAGGGCAAGAGCAUGCCCUCCAACAUGGCGGCCAAUACAAGUCAUACUACUUUGCUGAAAAAUCAAAGUGCCACAAAAUAUCUCCCUUAAAUGCGUUUCCUCUCAAAUUUCGGGUGUAAGAUAAUUUUUGUGUGCUCUAACAAAUUUUGGCAUCAGCAAGAUUCCAACUCAUUGUUUAAAGGAAGCAUUGGCCACGUGACCUCUUAGUGCAAGUGGCCUAUUGUCCAACAGUUGGACAGCGCAAUUCGCUGGAUACAUCAAUAUUCAGUGAUUAAUUAUUUAGAAAACCAAUUGCGCUAUUCAUUGAAUAAGAAUAUUUGGUGUAUAUCGUUGUCCGCCUUUUGAAAAACUGGGGCCAAACUUGCUCUUUGACUUGGAAUUUCAUUAUAAUGAUAAUUGUUUUCUUAUGGACGCUUUAUUAAGUCUACAUAUUAGAUAUAUUUCUAAGUACGAAUUUUGUUUGUAGUUUUUCUGUUUUCUACUGAACCGGUAAACUACAUUUUUUGGAAUAAAAUCAUAACUGAAUAAAACAAAAAAGGACGAUACUUACCAAUUCAAAGUUAUUUUUCAACGCUUAGCGAAUUAACGAUCUGACUGUUCUAGAUUCAUUAAGUUUGCUAUAUUGUAUUUGCGACUGAAAGUUUUUCUUAUAUAAGCAAAAUAGUCUUCUUAUUCACUGGUAAUUUCUAGGACUGCGGCCUGGAUACUUCUUCAAUCAUUAUACGGGACACGAAAAUCCAACCGGUGUAAGCAUCGCCCAAACUAUGGCCUCGACACUGGCCUACCCAUAACUCCACCCGAACCGUCCCUUUGGGAAUGUUUUCGCAGUAGCCCUCAAAUGACCGGUGAUGAUGAAGGUUUGGGACACUAAGCCAGUCACUGUAUAUACCAGCCUCGAUCGUCAUCGGUCCACUACAUUCAUUUCCAUUGAAUUUGAAGUACAAUCGAAUACACUUCCGAUCACCAUACAUUUUCACAUUUCCCUGGUACGAAACUUUAAGAGCUGUAUCGGCCUUCAAUUUGUUGAAGCUGCAAUCCUGAAAUAAAACCAAAAGGAAUGAACUGCUUUCUAUUACUAUUUUUUCAAUACGGCUUUGGUAGGGAGCGGAAUUAAAAGUUGAAAGUAGUAGGAAAAUUUAUCGUCCUAUAGCUGUAAAAGUUCGUUAAUAUAUCUUUGAAAAUAAUCUGAGUUGUUGUUCUCAUUCAGCCCGUCCCUUGUUUACCUUAAUCUUUCCGUUAUCAGUAUUGCUGUAUGAUUUCCACACACAUUGUUUCCAGUUGGUUUGUGGUACUACACUUGCUUGACUUGCUUUGGCGCUUUCUCCUUUCUCUCCUUUGUCUCCUUUUCUUCCUUGAUUUCCCAAAACGCCUGGCUCUCCUUUUAUUCCUACAAGUCCUUGUUCUCCUUUUAUUCCUUUGAUUCCUUGUGGUCCACUCUUCCCGAGAGGCCCUUGGCGCCCUCUGUCUCCUCUUGGACCCGGUAUUCCUUGUGAUCCUUUAUCACCGUUUUGUCCUUUUGCACCUUCCCUUCCCUGGGGUCCUUGCGGUCCCGGAACACCGGGCAUUCCCGGCAUGCCAUUUGAUCCUGGUAUGCCGGGAAAACCAUGACCCAGUAUAGAUUUCUGAAAAUAUAGGUGUCCUAGAUUAAAAGACGUCGGGGGAGGGUGCUGCAAGCUGGGCCUUUUUGGUCUAUUUGUUUUUCUAAAUAGAGUGUUUUCACAUGUGACGUCACGGCAACCACAUUAGUUUUCCAAAUCGCGGGACGGCGGCCAUGUUGGUGCUCCACAAUAAUAAUGUAGUAGUUAGAUUUUGUUCUUAUGUAAAUACUUUCUUUUGUGAGUGAAAACGCACUAUACCUUGCUUUUACACCUUGAUGAAAUUGAAAAAAAAAAAAAACGGUUGUGGCAUAUAUAAUAAUCUGAAAGGAUUACAGAAUAUUUCCCCACGACUGAAGGUCAGUUUUCUGCAAGUUUUGAUCAAACAUUCGUGACAAUGAACUAAUUCAUUCCUCUUUACCCUAAAAGCUAAUAGUCACCCACCCGUCGCUUCAAUUCUUUUGUAAGAGCACAAUAGCCGGUGAUGAAGAAAGUGUGCUAUCGAAAAACUGUCGUUUGAAUUCCUAGUUUGUGAAGAAGGGACAAAAAGUUCGACAAAUGAAAUAUGUUAACUGUAUUACGUGUUAUGAUGUGUGUAUAAUUGCGGUUUAUGUGAUAGGAUAUUAACUGGUACAAGUUAAAGAUGGCACACGAAUAACUGUGCAAAAGCCUGUACAUGUAUUUGAAUGGUAGCAAUGAGUCAAGUGGCAGGCGGUUCCCGUGCAACGUUAUUGUGAACUUUCUUUUAAAAGGUAAAAUAGUUCUCUCUUCUUACCUCGCAUAAAUCUUUUAACUUUGCGGUGUUUUGUUGCUGAGGUGAGGUAGUUGUUCCCAGUGAACCCCCAGAAAAACAGAGAAUCAGUAAAACAGCGAAACACUGAACCAUGAUGAGAGCUGAACAAAAACACUGCGAUUAAUGAGAUCAACGCUACGUGCGCAUCAGUUAAAUAGGGAAUGUUUCAAGUUAAUAUUCUCUUCCUUUUUAGCGUUCGUUUGUUUGUUUAUAUCCUUUCUUUUGUUUUUGCGUCAUUAAUCUCCUUAGCCUCUUAUUUUAUGCUCGUGUACCCGGGAGCAGAGUGCUGAAAUUAGGCGAACAAGAGAGAUAUUACCAGUUUUACAAUACGUACUUUUUUAUUUUCUUACUUUUGAUUGUUUUUCUUUUGUAGGUGUUCUGUUUUGUUUUUUUCUCUCUAACCAAGUUGUUAUAAAUAACGUUUUAAGUACGUGUCAUUUUAAAGAUCGCUCUACACAUUUGUCUUUUUAAAGUACAAAAGCAUAAUUUUGAUCUAAUAUUAGCACGGCAAGCCUCAACUUGUAUGUUUUCUUUGGGUAGCCUUCAUGGUAUGUUAUCUUGAAUACACGUACAUGCAUACUUAGAAACUGAACUAGGUGACCGUCAAGCAGCGUGUAUUUAAAUUUUGUUUCCAACGAAAAUUAUAGCCCUUACUCUUUGCAGAGGUUUAGUGGUCGCUUGCUAGCCAAACCUUGAAUAACGAGAUUGAUUUGUAAGUAAUGCAUACUGUAGUAAUUUAUGUUGUUUCCGUGUUCUUUUUGCAUGCUAGUAACCUUUAAAGCUUCUUACUAAAUACUCGAAUGUUUUUAAGAGUUGGUUCACCUUCAGUUUAACAAGUCCAAACGGGUCUUUUGUUUCUAUAUGUUAAUCUUUUAAGUUCGUGACAUUUUCUUCACGUACGCGCAAAACUGAAAGUUGAACAAAGUAAGGGAACUUUUGAACGUCUUACAACGCCCAAAUGGCAACUUUUAAAGCUCUUAUAAUAAUGGCUGAAUCGGCCUUGUAAGUGAGUAGCUGUUGUAGUAUUUGGUUCUACGAAGAUUUAAUCGGUCAUCAUAUUUUUUAGAUGACGUUCUUUGUAAGCUUCUCUUAAGUAGGAUUUUUUUAUUCUUGGCGUUUUCAAGUGGAGGCUAAUACUAUCUUUAUAUUUUAAGUAGAUUACUUGAGAUUUUUGAGAAGUUCUCGCGAUCCCCAAUUACUGCAAUAGAUAACAGAGUGAUCCUCUCGUCCCCUCUACCUAAUUACGUAAUUCUCUAAAGUUGUCUGAUAAAUACCGUUGUAUUAGUAUAGGUAAUAGCAUGAUUAGUAGUGAUAUUUCGCAGAUUUAGGACGAGUGAUAUUUGAAAACUGUUAUACGUACGAGCCGUUAGGCGAGUGAAGUUUCAGACAAUUUUGAAAUAUCACGAGUGGUAUUUAUGCCAAAUAUCACGUACAAAUCAUGCUAUUAUUUGCUUAUACUACUACCCGCAGAAAGUUUGUAAUUUUCACAUGUAGGUAUUUCAAAUUACGCUGAAAUACCACUGCCCUAAGCCAAUCAAAUUGCUGAAAUUUCUCAUGUAGUAGUUUAAAGCAUUAUUAUUAGAGACCUUUAGAUUGCAUGACGACGUCGACUACGAGAGCGAAAUUUGACCUAAGGUAUUCUCAAGAGAUAGGUAUCGCGGAAAGCUUCAUUUUACUUUUUGCACCAGAAAAGUUGAACAUCUAACAACCAAUAACUUUUUUCCGCCACUAAAACUUCGGCUAUCACGUUUUCCCGCCAAAAUGACGCUGGUUCACGCGCGCUCCAGUAAUUUCGCUCUCGUAGUCCUCCUUCUCUUGGGAUCUAAAAGUCUCAAGAUCUCUCUAAUAUAAACUCAAGGCUUACGCUUUGGGAUAAAUUUCCAGAUACUUCUGCUAUUCACUUUACAUACAUCACCACAGAUUAUAAAGAAAAGAGGUAAUGCCAGGGGUGUGGGGAGGUAAGGUCUGGAACGGGUAAAACGAAGUUUUCACAACUUGUGAGGCGUUCACCUUGCUUUUUGGUCGGUGGUAACUGCAGUAUCUUUUCCGAAGUAAAUAUUUUAGAAGCGAGAGGCGAACCGACAAUGGAAAAUAAUCUAGUAAUAAUAUCAUGCCCACUGGCGGAUCCAGACCUUCAGAUAAGGGGGGGGGGGUGGGGGGCGGUCAUCUAGACCCUGAGAUAAGGGGGGCCCGGUCUCAAAAAAAAUUUUUCUCGGCCCUUCGGGCCUCAGUUUGGUCUAAAAAUAAGGGGGCGAGGGGGCGGCCCCCCCGGGCCUCUCCCCUGGAUCCGCCACUGAUGCCUCUUUAUUUUUCUCCCAUUCCCUAUGUGUCCUUUGGCACUCAAAUUGCAAAGUCAAGCGACGGUCAUUGCAACGGUGUAUUUUCUUAACCGGCAACAACGCACGAUUAGGUAUCGAUCGAGUUAGGUCACACCAUUUUUACCGAGCGAGGACAUCACAUUACGAAAGUUGAUGCUGAUAAAUCUUCCGGAGAAAGUGUUCAGUUAAUUGGAGCUAAGUCCAUUAAAUAGAACCUAUAAGUAUGAGCUUGACAUACCUGCAGAAAAGGAUUCCUGCUUCAUAACUUUUCAGUUCGUAAACAUAUAAUAGAAUUGCAAAUUUUACGCUUUAAAGUUGAAAUUGUUCUGUAUUUGUUUACUCAGUUAACACUCAGGUACUUAAAAAAAUUUUGGAAAUUUGUUAUGCGUUAAAAUGUUUGUUUUUGCGGGAAAAGGACUAUAGCUAACAACAAAUGCGACCAACAUACAGGCGAUUUCGGGAAUUCAACCCAGGCGACGUUGAUAGUAGACGAGUGCUCUCAAGGAAAAGGUCUUCCUUUUUUAGGAUAAGCAGCAUUGGGGUAUCCAGAGAAAUGCAAACGCCUACAAAGUGUGGACAAAACUUUGUCAUCAUUAAACGGCUCUGACGGGAGAUUUCUGUCAAGAAAUUAUUACAUUAAUAAGGAUCGGUCGCUAAACAAGUUCGUCAAGACUAAUGGCGGUUUUCUACUUGUGUUUGUUCUGUUUAGGGUGGCAUGUAUGUCUUUCAACUAUUUGAUGCUUACUCCGCCAGUGGUUCUGCUCUCCUCUGGGUGGCUCUCUUCCAAAGUAUCGCCAUUGGCUGGAUAUACGGUGAGAAAAAUGCCAUAUGAAAUAAAAUAACCUGGGUUUUGUUUGUGUUAUUGUCAAGUGAUGAGGUUCACAUCGUCCAUCCAUAGAAAAAAAUAUAAUAGAGUCUGAUGUCGAUCAAACAUGACCCGAAAUAAGACUGGUCAGUCUGUGUAUUUGUUUGCAACAGGAUUUUUUUCUUAUGGACACAAACAAGCCAAGAUAGCUCCAUCUUGCCUACUCACGUACCCAUAAUAAACAACACUACAUCUGCUCCAUUUUGGAUCGUUUGCACAUCUUCGAACAUGGUUAAGAAUUCAAUUUGAUUCAAAAAAAAUUUAAAAAGAGACAGUUUCUUCAGCAUUGUUUUAUGGAUUUAAAACGCGCUCGUGAGAGACCUGAUCAAGCUUCGCCCACUAUACCUUUCCUUUUUAUGCUGGGUCGGUUACAUAAUCUUAUUAUGCCCCACGCCCUCAGAGUGUCGUUACUGUUGAACCAUAAAAGGAAAGGAUAAUAACUUUGAUUUGUUACGUUGUGACUCUUUUUAUAUAUAUCAUCAUUCAGGUGGCAAGCGCUUCUAUGACGACAUGGAAAGAAUGAUUGGAUUUCGUAUCAAUCCCUGGUGCCGCUGGUGUUGGAUGUUGAUGACACCUGCCUUUUGCUUGGUGAGGAAACGAAUUUAAGGUUAUUCCAUAGCACUGUAUUGCGCACCCUUACCGCGCACAAUUUUCACGUGCAAUAGCGUGCGCACAUUAAAAAAUGGCGGCUUUUGCCUCAAGGGUGGAACUCCCAGAGGUGUGCACGGUGAAUCGUCAUCUUCUUUUAAACGAGCAUGGUGACAGAUCAUUUUUUGUCUUUUUAACAAUGGCAUUAAACUUCUAAUACACACUGUAGACUUAUUCCUAGUGUAGAAAAAGAGGAAUCGUGGGGAAAUUAGUGUGUUCAAAGCAUGUACUCGUAAAUAUAAUCACAUGUAAUGAAUUAUUGCAUAUACACAAGUUGCUGCUGCUCCUUAAAGAGUAUGGGGACCCCCCCCAAUAAUAUUUCAAAUUUGAAGUUUCUUUAACAUAACCAACCAGUUGGUAACGUUUGACAAAAAUUUGACAGGAAUGACCUCAGUGAAAUUAUGAAAUUACUUCAGAAUCACGUCUAGAUUUUUCCCUUUUGUAAUUCCGGGGCCUUUUUUGAUAUUGCCAUUCCACUCACCACAAAGGAAGUGUGUAAUCGGGCCUCGAAAAAAAAACUUGAAGUUUUGUUUGUCUUUUGGUAAGCAGCUCUCGCAUUUUCUUGCUCGUAUUAGUUAACGAUUUUCUUAGAAGAUUACUUGCUGGACCUUUGCCUAUUGUGCAAAUGAGCUUAAAAAGUUACUUGCCCAGAUAAAAUCUACUUGUCCCGGACUACUGGACGGGAAGUUUUUCAAGGCCUGUGUAGAAUGCCUCACUUGUUUGUUUUUGUUACUGCGUCGCGGAAUAUACUAUUCCGUACGUUGAAGUGAGUUCAUUUUUCCCCAACAGGCGGUCUUCAUUUUUAGUCUCGUGACAUAUUCGCCGCUCAAAUAUGACGACUAUGAUUAUCCAGACUGGGGACAAGCCAUUGGUUGGAUCAUGGCCCUUUCAUCAAUCGCCUGUAUACCAUUUGUGAUGCUGUACAAGUUUGUCACUACACCGGGUUCUUUUAAGGAGGUAAUUAUAAUCAAAUAUUUUGAUAAUUAUGCAUACAACGGAUCAUUAUACGUCUCUGGGAAACUGCCCAUCACCUCUCCCCUAAGCCAACAUUUUUCCCAAAGUUAGAAGUAAGUGUUAAUGUUCACUAAGGGGAGGGGUAGGUGGGCAAUUUCUGACCAGUGGCCAUAUAGAAUUUUAAUGCUACAAAACGUAGAAAAUUUCGGUCAGCUUUAAAAAUUAAUGCUUUGCCUGCAAAAAUCAAUAAAAAUGCGCUCACUCGAAGUUUGUUUGAUACCUUUUUCAUAAUUCUACAGAGGAAUUUUGUCUGUGAAAAAGGUACUAAUUCAUAACCUCAGCUGAAACAGCAGUAUCCUAGUGACUCCCUUAACGAAAUUUUGAUGAGCAGAAUAACGACCUUCUUGUCCAGGCUCAGUCGGUUCUCGCUAGAGAAGGUUGUACAGGAUCACUAAAAAGAGCUAUGAAUUGAUGUUGCUUUUACGGAGUUGAAUUAGAUCUUGCUUCUUUCUUCAUUUGGAUUUCUUGCUUUGUUUUUUUCUCACCAGCGUUGGACCACAUUGACCACUCCUAUUUUUAAGCAUCAAUCGCCAGGUGCACAACAGAUGGAUUCCCUGGAGACUUACAAAGCCUAUGACAAGAACGUGCUCUGA